AGCAUGGUUAGCAUGCUUUUCGUAGCUGUCAACAGAGGGAAGAAUGGGGAAAGUAGUUUAUAGGUGUGUUGAAUGUAAUGAAAAGGCGUCGGAGCUGCACAGAGAUUACAGUAACGGGAUCCUGAAGAUAACCAUAUGUGAGUCUUGCCAGAAGCCAGUGGACAAGUACAUUGAAUAUGAUCCAGUUAUCAUCCUGAUUGAUGCCAUUUUGUGCAAGACGCAAGCUUUCAGACACAUUUUGUUCAACACAAGCUUGGAUAUCCACUGGAAGUUGUGUGUGUUCUGCCUACUGUGUGAGGCUUACCUCAGGUGGUCUUCACUUCAUGGCUCGAAGCAGAGCAGUGACCCUGCUGACAUCAUCAGGUAUACCAAGGAAUGGGACUUCUACGGCAUGUUUGGAUUGGCCGCCCUCGGAAUGUCUUGUGUUCGUCCCUGCAGAGCUGUCGGCGUUCUGCUGCGGCGUGCUGUGGUUCCUUUGGGUGGUGGUGGGUCGUCUUCAGGGCAGGACCGUAGAGCUCAGCCUGCUCCUCAGAGCCCUGCUGCUGUCCUGCUACGGCAAGGUCCUCCUCAUCCCCGCAGUCAUCUGGGAGAAUGACUACUCCCAGCUCUGCCUGGGCUUCAUCAAGCUGUUUGUGCUCACCUCAAACUCACAGGCUAUCAGAGUGAUUUUGAACAGCAGCAGGCGUCUGUCGCUGACGGCCGUGUGCGUGGGCCUGCUGUCGGAGACCUGCAUGGCUCAGGCCAUCACCAGGCUUCCAUGGAGCAUCCAGGACAUGCUGACAUCUGACUGAACGUCCCAAUUUAUCGGAUUGAGACGCGUCAAUUAUCUCAGGGACAAAUAAGAGGAUGAUGAAGGAUGCUGAAACCAACUUUUGAGGAGCCUCAUGACAUGACAAAUAUUUAUUCUUAAGAGAAUUGUUAGACAUUCUUCUGUUAACUUGCAAGACUCAUGGAAAGGAAGACAAGAUUGUGUAGCAGAGAAAAGAGAAAAUAUCCCAUCUGUUGUUUGGAAGGACACAGAGGAAUUGCCAGUGGCCCUCGUCCUUUUUCUUUUUUUUUUUCUUCAUAUUUUUGGUUUUUAAUAUGGAAAACAAGCUCCUGAGCUGAGAUUCCAAAGCAGAACUUACUUUCUUUUUUUUAACAGAAAGCCCCAGAGAGGAGCAACUACAGCCAUGGGAACAUCUGCUGAUCUAAAUGACUGUUAAACAUGCUCUAAUUCCAGCGUCCGCGCUCUCCCAAGAAAAACGACACAAACACGGACCCCGAGGUCGUAAUUUGACAAUAACCACCUCUCUGUUUAGACAGGAGCCAGCCCAACACUCCCUCCGCAUUCUUCUGCUCAUCGCUCACAUUCUUACCUUAAUUCACACGCGUACACACACACACACACACACGCACACACAGAUAAACAUA